GUUCACUCACUCACACCCGGCCACCCGCCUAAUAGUUUCCUACACGACGACUUCGUUCCAUCAGCGCGGCGCAUUGUCUUUGCGCGCAUCUCCAGCCUCCUCUUCUCUUGUAAUCGACUUGCCCGUCUCGUUCCUCGUACCCGGUAUCUGGCCUCGGACCUCAGAGCGCUCAGCUGUAAUCCGACUUGCGCCAGGAGCAGACAGGCCUACAGCUACCCCAGCUUAUCCCAUCUCAUCUUUGAUCCCAUCUCGAACACCAGCCAUUUGCUCUCUCAGCUCCCAAGGACCUCAUACUCUUCUGAGCAAGUCAUCUGAGCCAUCCCAUAUCGCCUUCUUAUGAGCAGCACUCGGCCAAUCAUCGAUCUGAAGAAGUCCUAAUCUGAUCAGCCCUAGUAGUACUCGUCGAGCUUUGAAACUGUCACCGGCUUGAGCCUACGACUUACCAGCCGGCGCGGGCUACGUUCUGUUUCCAAGUCACAAGAGUAUCUCUCAUCUGUUUCAAACAUAUCAUUCCGACUUGCGAAUCUCCUGGUCAGGCUAACCCAAGCCUUGGCGGGUGAGUCGAAGCCUGCCUCUGCACCAUGGAAGGCGGCGACCAAGACGUUGUCAUGGGCGGGGACGAUAGGCCGUCAAAUCACACAACCACUCCCAACGGUGUGACUACGCCUGCUGGAGGAGAGCCCAAAAACGAUAACUCGACGUCUCCCGACGACGAAGAUGAGGACGACUUCGACGACUUGGACGAAGACGCAGACCAGCAGGUUAUGAACCAGCUGCGCAGACGAGGUCUUUUGCCGACAGCAUGUUGUUAUGAUGACCGCAUGAAGCUUCAUGUCAAUGCCGACUUCGGCACCACACCUCAUCACCCGGAGGAUCCUCGUCGGAUAGAGGAGAUCUACAAAGCCUUCAAAAGGGCCGGUCUGGUCUACACCGGCCCAGAGAGUAAGAUUGCCGACGUUAUGAGAGAUACCCCAACCAAGUACAUGUGGAGGAUCGGCACUCGUGAGGCAACGAAAGAAGAGAUCCUUACCACACACACUCCGCUGCACUACCACUGGGUUGAGAGCCUGUCAAAGAUGAACUACACCGAGUUGCGCGACACGAGUCGGCAUUACGACCAAGGCCGUGCAUCGCUCUACGUUGGCAGUCUUACUUUCACUGCCGCCCUCUUAUCCUGCGGUGGUGCCAUCGACACCUGCAAGCAUGUCGUGGAAGGCAACGUCAAAAAUGCCUUUGCUAUCAUCAGACCGCCUGGCCACCACGCCGAGUACGACCAGCCGCUCGGGUUCUGCUUCUUCAACAACGUGCCCGUCGCUGUCAAGAUCUGUCAGCAAGAGUACCCGGAUGACUGUCGAAAGGUUCUCAUCCUUGACUGGGAUGUCCACCACGGCAACGGCAUCCAGAACAUAUUCUACGACGACCCCAACGUUCUCUACGUCUCCCUCCACGUUUACCAGAAUGGGAUCUUUUAUCCUGGCAAGCCCGACAACCAAGAAAUACCCGAUGGCGGUCUAGAGCACUGCGGUACAGGGCCUGGUCUGGGCAAGAACAUCAACAUUGGAUGGCACGACCAAGGCAUGGGAGACGGCGAGUAUAUGGCUGCUUUUCAAAAGAUCAUCAUGCCCGUCGCCAAAGAAUUCAACCCCGAUCUAGUGGUUAUCUCCGCCGGAUUCGACGCUGCUGCCGGAGAUGAGCUCGGCGGGUGCUUCGUGACACCGACCUGCUACGCGCACAUGACGCAUAUGCUAAUGUCUCUGGCGGACGGCAAGGUUGCUGUGUGCUUGGAAGGUGGCUACAACUUGCAGGCUAUAUCGACAUCCGCCGUGGCUGUUGCUCGAACGUUGAUGGGCGAGCCGCCACCGAAGAUGGAGAUUCCCAUGCUCAACAAGGACGCUGCCAGAGUUCUUGCCAAAGUCCAGAGCUACCAGGCGCCCUACUGGGAGUGCAUGAGACCCGGCAUUGUUCCAGUGCCUGAUAUCCAAGAUCUCAACGCGACCAGACUCCACGAUCACAUCAGGCUAGGCCAACGGCAGAACCUCGCACAACGUCACCAGAUGAUUCCUCUCUUCAUCCAGCGGGAUCUUUUGUUCAAAUCCUACGAGAAUCAGGUCCUCGUAACUCCUGAUAUUCCCAGUGCGCGUCGUAUCCUUGUCAUCAUUCACGACCCACCAGCAUUGCUCGCGCAACCGGAUGUGAUUGAUAGUCAUGUUGAAUCCCACAACGCCUGGAUUGUCGAUAGUGUUGCGCAAUACAUUGACUGGGCUGUCGAAAAAGGGAUUGCAGUCAUGGACGUCAACGUGCCCAGCAAAGUAUCACGAGAUGAGGACAUGGACCCCUACAGUCCCCGAACAGCAGAUAAGGACCUUCUGAACGAGCUCCAAGAGUUGGCGAACUAUCUUUGGGACAACUACCUGCAGCUCUAUGAGGACGCCGACGAUAUACUGCUCAUCGGUGUGGGUCGGUCGUACAGUGGAGUCAGGGCCCUUUUGACCGGUCGAGAUUGCAAAGCGCGUGUUGCCGGAGUUGCCUGCUUCGUUGAAGGGAUGUUAAGACCAGUGAAGUCCGAUGUCGAUAACGAGCUGGCGACGUGGUACAAGGGGCAUUCACAGAUUUACGUAUCGCAUGAUCACCCAUGCUGGAACAGCGAGGACACGCUGCGCAGAGUGACUAAACGACGAUUUGGCACGGUCAUCCGUAGUGAGGCCAACGGUGUUCAGAAGAUGAUGCAAACGCAUGCUGGGGAGGUCCAAAAAUGGAUGUUGGAGAUGCUAGCGAUUCGCCAGAACGGAGAUACCACCGAAGACGACAAGAUGACUUGAAUAAAUGGAAGCUGGGAGGUAAGCGCUGGAGUAUCGAUCACCAGAAGGGACAAAGCAUCGACUUGGCACGAGGGACGACACAUUCUGUGCAGUAGAUUUACAUAGGGGGCUGUCGGAGCACCGUAUGGCGCGGAAGACCGGGAGGUGCAAGGUGGUAACUAGCAAACGAUGAAGAACAGACGAUCUGGAAAAGGGAAAUGAUUUUUUGCGAGGAGGCUGUGAGUGCAGGACAGCAGUCAUGAAUGUAGUCCCCCAAAGAAAGACAAUAUCGUCUGUAACUACCCAACCGCCAGUUAUCGAUAGUAUAGACCUCUUAGCACGGCGACUUACUCCAGGUCUUGGGCAGACGGGCAGCUGCAAAGCGUCUCCGAGCGUCAAGAGUCUGGAUCUGAGCACCACCAUCAACAAUGGGUCUCCGGAUCCAC